CAAUCGAGUGCACCACCCCAGCCAUUUCCUACUCACUACCUGCGCGGCCUUCGCCUACGCCAGCCUCCCGCUCCCUCCGCCGACCGAAGUGCCCCAGGAGGAGGGAGGAGGCAGGGGUUCAGAGGUCGGCCGCCGCGGCGCCUGCAGAGGAAGACGGUGGCCGAUAACCCCGUUGACCCGGGCGGGUCCCAAACCACCUUUAAGGGCAAUAAAGAUACUAAUAUUCACCGGAUGGAGGAAUCAGAGAUGUAUGGAAAGGAAAACAUUGUGACAGCUUCCUAUCGUGCUCACCCACAAACGACAUUAGAAACAGCUGCAGCUGUAUUCGAGGAGGAGUGUCGGAGGUCGCAUGCCAGGGACGAGUUCUGUUCUGGCGCCCGGCGGGAUGCUGCUAGUGCUACGAGCUGUCGGCGAGGCAGUUUUUCUCCAACACAACUGACUCUAAUUGAUUUCAUUGCUCAGUUCAAUAGACAUGCUCCACUUGGCUGUACUGUUGGGAGGUGCAAAGUAGGGGAGGCGGUGCGUCCUUCGCCACUGGUCCCGCCAGGCCCUCCGCCGCCGCGCGUGGCCUUGCGUCGCCGUCGCGGUGCCUCGGCCGGCCUGGCCUCGCGCCCUGUGAGUUUCGGCAGCGGUCGCGGGAGGGCGUUGCGCGUCCCCGCGCCUGCGCCGCGCCGGCUGCGGGCUGCGGCGGCGGCGCGCGCCAGUGCUGUGCGGCCGGCGACC